GGUGGGGGCUUCGAGGAUUUAUAAAGGCUCACAAGCUUCUCAGAGUGCAGAAGAGAGAAGACUUACAUUUUACUUGUCCAGCAUCACACAGAGGUGACAAACAUGCGGUCGUUUCUUAGGUUUGUGACUUUGUGUGUCAUCCUGGUGGUCGCAGUGUGCUAUGACUCUGAGGAGAGUAAUGAGUCAUAUGAAGACAUGUUCUUCAAUGGCUUAAGAGCAAACACAUUCAUGAAUGUUCCUGGACGCAACAACCGCAAGAGCUACCAAUCGGGUCGAAAGUUUCAGGCUGAGCUUCGAUCUGAGAUUUGUGAGAAUUACUUUCACUGUCGCCUGUUGGCUCGUUACCAUGGCUCCCAGGCGGCCUAUCAGAAGUACUUCGGCAGUCGACCUGUCAACAACAAAAACAACAACUACUAUAACGGCCGCCAUUACUGAGCAGACCUGCACACCGCGGGUCACUGAAUCACACACUGAAUUUCAACAUGAUAUCUGUGUAAUCAACUCUCUUUCAUUUCACUCUUUCAUUUCUGUCUGUCUCUUCUGAUGUCUGACUCGGUGAAACCAGACCAACAAAACAAGCACAAGGUGAUAGAAAUGACCUUAAGAUGAUUUUUUAAAUCAUGCACAACUGAAUCAGGCCACGAGGGGAGAAGGAUAUUAAAUUUUUGUUGUAAAUGUUCAAGUUUAGAACACAAAUAAAUGAAAACCUAAUAAUAAACUCGGGCAAAUUUACAUCAUGAAACCAGACCAGUGAAAGAGUUAUGAUGUCAUGAUCUCCACUGGACUCACAAAAUACCAGCUUUGAGCAGGAGCUUACGUGAGAUCUUAUGGAACUCAUUGUCUUGGCAACAAAUUCGACAACAGCAAAAUGUCAAUGAAUCAUAUUAAACUGAAUCAGACUAAACCAGAUCCAACUGAAUCAGACUAAACCAGAUCAGAUCAGAUCAGAAUUAUUAUUUGUGUAAUCACAUAUUUAACUAAUACUUUUUUCUGACUUAACUUGCGCUGUAUUUCUACUUA